CUGAAAACUCAAAGCGAUCGUCCCGGACGUUGUUGUUGUUGUUCGGUUUGAAGAGUUGGAGGACGACCGGUGCUUUGUUUUUUAAAUCCGGAGGGUGUAAGCGAUCACACGGCGGGCAGCUGUAUGUCUAACUGGGGGGUUAUUUGAACUCUAUCGCGCCAUAUUUAUCCAGGUAGUGGUCAGGCUGACAAGUUAGGUCCCAGGGUAGCCGAUGGAUGCGCGGGUAUCGGACUUAUUUGGCUCGGGGAAUGGACUCGGAUCCGGGACCUCAGCUGUCGCCUCCAACGCCAAGUCCGGGAACGGCCACGGCGUAUCCUCCAAAAAACCCUCAAAGAACAAGAAGUCAAAGGCUCGAUACCACCGCAACUUCAAACCGAGCAACAACACCCCGUACCUACCUCCAGAGGCUGAAGAGGGAAACAUAGAGUACAAGCUGAAGCUGGUCAACCCAACACAAUACCGCUUUGAGCACUUGGCAACACAAAUGAAAUGGCGACUGCAGGAGGGUCGAGGCGAAGCUAUCUAUCAAAUAGGUGUUGAGGAUAAUGGCAUGCUGGUGGGGCUAUCAGAGGAAGACAUGAGAGCAUCACUGAAGACCCUCCAUCUGCUGGCAGAGAAAGUUGGAGCUGACAUCACGGUCCUCCGAGAGCAAGAGGUGGACUAUGACACUGAUGUUCCUCAUAAGAUUGCGGAAGUUCUCAUUCGCAAGGUGCCAGAUGACCAGCAGUUCUUGGACUUGCGGGUAGCUGUGCUGGGUAACGUGGACUCGGGCAAGUCCACUCUGUUAGGUGUGUUGACACAGGGUGAGCUGGACAACGGACGGGGAAGAGCGAGGCUCAACCUCUUCAGACAUCUUCAUGAGAUCCAGACUGGACGGACUUCAAGCAUCAGCUUUGAGAUCCUGGGUUUUAACAGUAAAGGAGAGGUUGUGAAUUACAGUGAAUCUAGGACAGCGGAGGAGAUUUGUGAGAGUGCCUCUAAAAUGAUCACAUUCAUUGAUCUGGCUGGUCACCACAAGUACCUGAAAACCACAAUUUUUGGCCUCACCAGCUACUGUCCAGACUUUGCUAUGCUUGUUGUGAGCGCAAAUAAUGGCAUUGCUGGAACAACAAGGGAGCAUCUCGGGCUUGCUAUGGCCCUGAAGGUGCCCAUCUUCAUUGUCAUCAGUAAGGUGGACCUGUGCUCGCGAACCACCGUGGAGCGCACAGUGCGGCAGCUGGAGCGUGUCUUGAAGCAGCCGGGCUGCAACAAGGUGCCCAUGCUUGUAGGCAGUACUGAUGACGCCGUCACAGCAGCACAACAGUUCGCCCAGUUCCGCAACAUCACACCCAUCUUCACCUUGUCCAGUGUGUCUGGAGAGAGUCUAGACUUGCUAAAGGUCUUUUUCAACAUCAUACCUCCCCUCAGCAACAGCAAGGAGCAGGAGGAGCUUAUGCAACAGCUAACUGAGUUUCAGGUGGAUGAGAUCUACACAGUGCCAGAGGUGGGGACUGUGGUGGGAGGUACUCUGUACAGUGGUAUUUGCCGUGAGGGAGAUCAUCUUAUAGUCGGGCCCACUGACUCUGGCCAGUUCCAGGAGUUGAGCAUCGGGAGCAUACAGAGGAACCGCUCGGCAUGCAGGGUACUCAGGGCCGGCCAGGCUGCCACUCUUGCCCUCUGUGACUUCGACCGGUCACUUUUACGCAAGGGCAUGGUGAUAUUGAGUCCUGAGAUGAAUCCAACCAUCUGCUGGAUGUUUGAGGCUGAGAUUGUGCUGCUCUUCCAUGCCAAGACCUUCCACAAGGGCUUCCAGGUGACUGUGCACAUUGGCAAUGUGAGACAGACCGCCACUGUGGAAGCCGUGUAUGGCAAGGAGGAGCUGAGGACAGGAGAAAAGGCAGUUGUUCGCUUCAAGUUCAUCAAGCACCCUGAAUAUCUGAAGGUGGGAGCCAAGGUGCUCUUCAGAGAGGGCUUGACGAAGGGAAUCGGCCACGUCACAAAGUUGCAGUCCAUCAGCCAGUACCGGCGAUCCCAUAGUGAGGAUGAGGAGGCCUGAACCUUUUCAGACAACCGAAACAGAAAAUACCGUCCCACUCCAAAACAAGGUGCUUUACAACCCCAGCUCCUACUUUUUCCAAAGGCCUCUUUGCCUUGUUCUUUGUUGUUUUAUCACCCUUCACCAAAGCCUUGUCACUACUAUCAUCCUCAUUUGUCCUCUUCAGCCUUUUAAAAUACUGCUGAUGUUUCAGUGUGCUUCCUAUUGUUGGGGAUUAAAGAGUGUUGCUUUUCAUAGCACUGACAAGAAGAAACACCUCAGCCACCUCUACAACACGUUCACAGGAACAUCUACCAAAGUGAUAACGAGUGUCAAGAACACAUAGUUGCGAUGCACAGAUUGAUGAGUGGCAACUAGGAAAUGCUUUCUCAAACCAAUGCUGAAGUGCUGCCUCCACAGUUUACACUAACUAACAUACUUCAAAAAUGAUGCGCACACACUUGCACUGAAACCUAAAUGCCAGUUUUGAUAUGCGGCAGAUAAUCAUUUACAAACUUGGUAGUUUCAUGUAUGAAAUGCUUGGACAUUAAAGGUCCAGUGUGUUGGCUUCACAAUAACAUAAUUUUAAAAUGAUUUGUUUCGUUUUAAUUAGGGUAUAAUCACCUUAAAUUGGGAAUUGUUGAUUUUGUAACCUUAGAAUGACCCCUUAAUGUCUACAUCAGGAGUGGUCCCUCUUCCACUGAGUCGGCCAUGUUGCUGCGGUAGCUCAAAAUGGACAAAACAAACCCUGACUUUCACACUUUGAUUUUUUUACGUAAGGCCACCGUAUGUUUUGCUACAAGUUAGGGGCAGUCAGUUAGUUGCAAUCUGCACCCUCAGCACUAAAGGCCACUAAAGUCAACACACUGAACCUUAAGGUGUAAGUUGUAUCACCAGUGUCAUUUUUGUCAUCGCCUCACAGCUUCUCUGUGUGACCAGCGUAGUGACUGACUGUCUCUUUGUUUGUAUAAACACAUCUUUUUCAUAAUAACUGCUAAUCAUGUAAUGUGAGAUAGUUGUAAAAGCAGUGAGAUGCACAUCUUGUCAGUCGUAUAUAAGAUUAACCAUCUCACUUCAAGCUAUAUUACUGACAAAGGCACUUUAUGAAGCUACAGAGGUAACACUGCGAGGUAUGCAGUUAGUAUUUGUAUUCUCAACCUGCCAAGCAUAUUCACAGUGGCAAUCACAUCCUUACUAUCAUUUUUCUGUGACAAUUGUGUGUUUUUAUAUUCACAAGUAAUGCCUCACGAUGGUGCAGUGCGAUGAUGAGGAUCUCGCUGCCCAUCGUUUAAAGUGCUUUAGUUACUCAGGUCAGUGUCGAUAUAAGACUGCAUUCCACUCUCACUCAAGUACUCCAGCGAACGAUUCUGUUGCUGACUUGUUGUGUGUAUGUGUGUGUGUGUGUGUGUGUGAGAGUGUGUAGGUGAAGGGGGGUGUAUCCCAAAGAGCUGAGCCUGAUUAUGCAUUAGAUACGUGAAGCUGCCUACUGAUGCAGCUUUAAUUAACAGCAAUUCUAUUGGAGGUACGAGAUGUCGUCUCUCCACUUUAGUUACUGAUGUCACUGACUCUUAAGGGGUUUAACACAGUGCCUGAUGCUACCGUUUGAGUGGCCUUCUAUUACACCCCAAACUUUUACAACUUUGUUAACAAAAACAUCUACUGAAGUUGGUGCUAGUACCAGAAACACCUUUUGUGUCGAAGACGACCUCUGUUCGAGGCUGUUGGCCUUAACAUCUGUUACGUUGCAUGUUGAUGUGAUUUAUACACAGGUCGUAGUCCCACUGAUAUUGAUGAUAGACAACUGAUAUGUGUGCCCUGUCUUGUUGCACCCACAUAGUUGUUAUGCACAUGUUUGUGUGUACUCAAAGAAACUUAUAAUGCAUUUGAACCAAAAUACUUUUGAGCCUUUAUGAAGAGUUAUAUCAGGUGUUCAAGUUUGUUUUAAAGCAGCUGAGAAGUGUUUUAUAGAUUUCUAGUAGUUCUCAAUUUUACAAUUCUGUACUUUUUUCACUGUUGCAUUCUUCUUAAUCACACCAACAGUUUCACUCUUAGAAUCAUUUAAAACCUGUUUUCCUUCUGAAUUCAAGCGUAAUUUUUUGAUCAUUAUAUGGGUGAAAUGCAAUAUUUAUGUACAGAUCCAAUUUGUGUGUCAUGAUGUACAUGAAUAAAACUUGUAUUGUCUCUA